AUGAUAUACUAUCUCUACACCAACCGCUCUACCGUGCCGACCACCAACCGAAUCAUCCACCUUCUGAUCAAAUAUACAAUCAACACCUGUCUACUUGAAGCGCUCUGCACGGUGCCAUGCCUUGCCAUUUGGAUCACUAAGCCGGACACGCUGGUAUACACACCCUUUUACUUCCUUCUCAUUCGAUUGUACUCAUGCUCUCUUCUGUGCUCCCUCAAUAAUCGCGAUCAUCUACGGGACAUGAGCGAGCGAAUGGAGCCCGCAGUUGUGUCUACUUUCCAGGCGGCUCACGGCCCAUACACCGGAGAUCCUACUGCCACGAAGUCUUCGCAUGGGACGUCGCACGACGACACGUCCAUUCUAGCAACACCUCCGACACCAUUCAUCAAGCUUCAGUCUCCUCACCUCUCACACGACGGGACUAUUCCGGGGAUGCAUAAGCCAACUGACAUCCUCGUCUGA